GCAUGGCUGGUUCGAGGGUCAACCUUAUUUCUGGACUCUGCACUGGGAUGUGUGUAAAUACCCCUGGUUGCUGAAAUUUGGAAAGAGCCAGCCCUGGUGUGCUCGCACUCACACACACAGCUUCCAUCAUGACCACUUUUGACGACAUUUUGGAGGAGGCCGGCAAGUUCGGCAGGUUCCAGAAGCGUAUAUUCGGACUGCUGUGUAUGGUGUCCUUGCCGUUUGCAGGUGUAUAUGUGGGUGUAGUGUUCCAGGGCUUCACUCCGGAGCACUGGUGCCAAGAUCCUGGGCUGGAGCAGCUUCAAAAGCACUGUGGUUUGGGUCCAGAGAAGGCCCGCCAGUUCAUCAUACCUUUAGUCAACAGCUCUGCUGGUGUGGGACCCAGUCAGUGCCAGAGAUAUGAUGUGGACUGGAACAGCACUGACCUCAACUGUGAUGGUCUGGACAGUGAAACCACUGAGGUGCAGAGAGCUGGACUGCCAAUAACUGCCUGCAAGAAUGGCUGGCACUAUGAUUACGAGCAUAGAGAGUCCUUUGUUACUGAGUUUGAUCUGGUGUGUGAUGAUGCCUGGCUGGUGGACGUGUUUCAGGCAGUGCUUGGCAUUGGCUUCUUGGUGGGCAGCAUUACCAUCGGAUACCUGGCUGAUAAGUUUGGCAGAAAAAUGAGCUUCCUUUUGUCCAAUAUCCUGAACGCAGUUACGGGAAUUCUGGUGGCCAUAUCCCCCAACUACAUCUCACUGGUGGUGUUCAGAGCUCUUCAUGGCUUCGGGGUUAAGGGAGGUUGGAUGGCUGCAUAUGUGCUGAUCACAGAGCUGGUGGGGGUGGAGUACAGGAGGACGGUGGGGGUGCUCUUUCAGAUGUUCUUCAGCUUCGGCCUCCUCCUGCUGGCCCUCAUUGCUUACCUCAUCCCCAAUUGGCGUUGGCUGCAGGUGGCCUUCACAGUGCCCUAUAUCAUCUUCCUGUCCUACUACUGGUUCGUCCCAGAGUCACCAAGAUGGCUUCUCUCUCAAAACAAGUCCAGUAGAGCUGUGGAGGUCACUCAGGCAAUGGCCAAAGAGAAUAAGAAGACUCUCUCCCAAAACAUUAAGAACCUAAAAGAUGAUAAUGCGGAAACCUCCACUGGCUCCUUUAUGGACUUGAUCAGAACCCCCAAGAUAAGAAAGCACACCCUCAUUCUCAGCUUCAACUGGUUCACUAGUGCGGUGGUCUAUCAGGGUCUGAUCAUGCGUUUGGGGAUUCUGCGAGGAAACAUCUACAUUGACUUCCUCAUUUCAGGGAUUGUGGAGUUCCCUGCUGCCUUCCUCAUCCUUUUUACCAUUGAGCGCAUUGGCCGGCGCCUACCAUUCGCAGCAGCCAACAUAGUGUCUGGAGCUGCAUGCCUUAUCACAGCAUUCAUUCCAGAGAGUGUAUUAUGGUUGAAGACAGCGGUGGCCUGCAUUGGCAGGCUGGGCAUCACUAUGGCCUUUGAAAUGGUGGUAUUUGUAAACACCGAACUGUACCCCACCUUCAUCAGGAAUCUGGGUGUGUCUGUGUGUUCAACACUGUGUGACAUCGGCGGAAUCAUAGCCCCGUUCCUGCUGUACAGAUUAGCAGUCAUCUGGCUGGAGCUGCCACUUAUCAUUUUUGGAGUCCUAGCAUUCGUUGCUGGUGGACUGGUGCUGCUACUGCCCGAGACCAAAGGAGUGCCUCUUCCAGAAACCAUUGAUGACAUUGAAUACCCAAACCGAAACAAAGAAGAUACUAUGAAGAGUCACCAGCUGGAGAAUCUACUUCCCUCAGUUGUGACAAAUAACAAAGAGACAGUAACUGUCUAAGCGGACUGUAUUUGCUCUUAAAUAAUUAAUAACACAUGCAGUACCAGUCAAAAGUUUGGAACACUCCUCUUCUCAUUAAAUGUGUUUUCUUUUUUUAUGAUUUUGUACAUUGUACAUUUAAUAUGGAAGACAUUAAAGCUAUACAGGAAGACGUGCAGAAUUAUUCUGUAAACAAAAAGUGUUAAACAAACCAGAAUAUGUUUUAUAUUUGGGACCCUUCUAGAUCUUCCACGUUUACCUUUGAGGACUGAUCUGCACACACUGGGUAUUUUAAUGUCAGUAUCUUUAUUAGUGAGAGUCACCAUGAAUAAUUUUCUGUCUUAAAGGAGUUUCUGGAGGUGCUGAACAAUACUUGCUGCUUUUCCUUCAUACUGUGAAGCUCCAGAUCAUCCCCAAUCACCAUUCCAGUUGGGUUUAGGUCAGAGGAUUGUGCAGGAUAAACUUUUUUUUUUUGUACUUACUACGUAAUUUUAUAUGUCUAUAUAAACUGUUUUCAUGUAUUUAAUAUUAUUCUGCAAUGCAGAGAAUAAAUGAAAGAAAAACACUGAAUGGGAAUGUGCAUCUAAUGUUUUGACUGGUACUGCAUACAUUUAAAUCUAAAUGAAUCUAAUUCAACAACUAAUUAAAAAGUAUUUUGUAAUAUAAACCCAAUGGGAAUUUCUGCACGGUCAGUCUGCUAUUCAGUGCUCUGAGCUGUGGGGCUGCUCCAGAAGAUUCUUACUGAAUAUUUAAUUGAAAGUUUAAUGUAAAAUAACAAUUUCACUAAAUUAUUUUAUACUGAUUUGAGCACAAACAAAAAAAAAACGAUGAAAAUAAGCUGAAUAAUUCUCACUUCUGUUUAGGAUGUACAUUUUAUUUACUAAGCUCUCCUCUGUAAAGGCCUGCUUAGUUAUUAUGUAUAUGUUGUUCUUUUACUGGUUGAACAUACUGUAAUGUAUUCUGAGUAAAGAAACUGUUUAGAGGCUAAAUGUAUCGAGUUUAAUUGUUUCUUCGUGUGGGGAAAUUCAGUAGACAUGAAGUGGAGUCUUUAUAAUGAGACUUAAACAAAAAAAAAAUAA